CCUAAGGGGUAGGGAUUUGGUUUAGAUAACCGUGCCGAAAUGUGGUUCAAAAUUCUUCCAGGACUCGGUAUAAUGGGCAUGUGCUUGGUUAUCCCGGGAGUGGCCACUGCCUACAUCCACAGGUUCACUAACGGGAGCAAGGAAAAAAGGGUUGCCCAUUUUCCCUACCAGUGGAGUUUGAUGGAAAGAGAUAGAUGGGUAUCCGGAGUUAAUUGUUAUUAUAAAUCAAAGGGUUUGGAGAACAUUGAUUAAGGAAGCAUUUUCCUGAUUGAUGGAAAAAACUCAGUAUGGUCAUCUACCCAUGCUAGAACAUUAUUUGAUAUACUAUGUAGCAUGCAGUGUGUUAUGUAAUACAUAAUCAAAAUAAAA